UCUCCAGAUUAUGGUGCGACAGGAGCCUGCACACGACGUGACGUACAACUGGCAGCGGCAGCUAAGGAGAAACGUGAAGGUACUACUUUUUAGAGACAAGGGUACGAGCCAACAGUACAAUGUCGGCUAAAGCUAUCUCAGAGCAGACCGGGAAGGAGUUUCUGUACAAAUACAUCUGCACCGCCGCCGCCGUCCAGAACCGCUUCAAAUACGCCACCGUCUCAGCCAACACAGACUGGGACCGCCUCGCACAAGAGCACCCAUGGCUGCUCACCGAGAAACUGGUCGUGAAGCCUGACCAGCUUAUUAAAAGACGUGGGAAGCUCGGGCUGGUGGGCAUCAACCUUGACCUGCAGGGGGUCAAAGACUGGCUCAAAGAUAGACUCCUGAAAGAGACCACAGUGGGAAAGGCCAAGGGUGUGCUGAAAAACUUCCUCAUUGAGCCAUUUGUUCCACAUAAACAGGAGGAGGAGUUUUACAUGUGUGUCUAUGCCACUCGUGAGGGUGACCACGUGCUGUUCCACCAUGAGGGCGGGGUGGAGGUUGGAGAUGUCGAUGCCAAGGCCCUUAGGCUCAUGGUGCCAGUGGGCGAGAAGCUCAAUGAGCAACAAGUCACGGAGCAGCUACUUACACACGUCUCAGAUGAAAAGAAGGGAGUGCUGGCAAGUUUCAUACUGGGACUAUUCAGUUUGUACGAAGAUCUCUAUUUCACCUACCUAGAAAUCAACCCGCUUGUGGUUACUGAGGAUGGCGUGUACAUCCUGGACAUGGCAGCUAAAAUCGACGCCACAGCCGACUACAUCUGUAAAGCCAAGUGGGGAGAUGUGGAGUUCCCACCCCCCUUCGGCAGAGAGGCAUAUCCAGAGGAGGCUUACAUCGCUGAUCUAGAUGCAAAGAGUGGAGCCAGUCUCAAGCUGACCAUACUCAACCCUAAAGGCAGGAUUUGGACUAUGGUGGCUGGAGGAGGGGCUUCUGUGGUCUACAGUGACACAAUUUGCGACUGUGGUGGUGUUGAUGAGCUGGCAAAUUAUGGCGAAUACUCUGGUGCUCCCAGUGAGCAACAAACAUAUGACUAUGCAAAGACCAUACUGUCACUCAUGACCAGAGAAAAACAUCCAGAAGGGAAAGUGCUCAUCAUUGGGGGAAGUAUUGCUAAUUUUACCAAUGUAGCAGCCACAUUCAAGGGCAUUGUUAGAGCCAUCAAAGAUUACCAAGAACCUCUCAAGGAACAUGAAGUCACUAUUUUUGUGAGGCGUGGAGGACCCAACUACCAGGAGGGCCUUAGAGUUAUGGGGGAAGUUGGGAAGACCACAGGAAUUCCCAUCCAUGUGUUCGGUACAGAGACCCACAUGACGGCCAUAGUGGGAAUGGCUUUAGGUCAUCGCCCCAUCCCUCAUCAGCCUCCAUCAGAUGCACAUACAGCCAACUUUCUGCUCAAUGCUAGCAGCUGUGCAAAGACUCCAGCUGCGACACGGACGGCCUCUUUCUCCGAAACAAGAGUGACUAAUGAAUCUUGUCCAGCCAAGAAGUGCAAAGGUCUUCCAGCAGAUUCGCUUCAUUCUAUUUUGUGGCCUUUGAAGAAUGUGGUCAUGGGCGAUUGGAAAGAAGCUCAGGCCUCUUCAGGCUGCUUUGGAGCAAAAGCCACCACUCUUUUCAGCAAACACACUAAGACCAUUGUGUGGGGUAUGCAGACUCGAGCUGUACAAGGCAUGUUGGACUUCGACUAUGUGUGCUCUCGAGAUGAACCCUCUGUAGGAGCCAUGGUCUACCCCUUCACUGGGGAUCACAAGCAGAAGUUUUACUGGGGUCACAAGGAGAUCCUGAUCCCAGUCUAUAAAAACAUGGCAGAUGCGAUGAAGAAACAUCCAGAAGUGGACGUGCUCAUCAGCUUUGCUUCACUGCGCUCAGCUUUUGACAGCACUGUGGAGGCUAUGCAGUUCACCCAGAUUCACACUAUUGCCAUAAUAGCUGAAGGCAUCCCUGAAGCUCUGACCAGAAAAAUGAUCAAGAUGGCUGACGAAAAGGGUAUCACAAUCAUUGGCCCAGCAACGGUUGGUGGCAUCAAGCCUGGUUGUUUUAAGAUUGGUAACACAGGAGGCAUGCUGGACAACAUCCUGUCCUCUAAACUGUAUCGGCCCGGCAGCGUGGCAUAUGUGUCCCGCUCCGGUGGUAUGUCCAAUGAGCUCAAUAACAUUAUCUCACGCACCACUGAUGGGGUGUAUGAGGGUGUGGCCAUUGGAGGAGACAGAUAUCCAGGCUCAACCUUCAUGGACCACGUGCUUCGAUACCAGGACACUCCAGAUGUUAAGAUGAUUGUGGUGCUAGGAGAGAUUGGAGGCACAGAAGAGUAUAACAUCUGCGAGGGUAUCAAAGGGGGCCGAAUAACCAAGCCUGUAGUGUGCUGGUGCAUAGGGACAUGUGCCACUAUGUUCUCUUCAGAGGUCCAGUUUGGCCAUGCCGGAGCUUGUGCCAAUCAGGCUUCAGAAACAGCUAUGGCCAAAAACCAGGCCUUGAGGGACGCCGGAGCCUAUGUACCAAAAAGCUUUGAUGAACUGGGAGAUGUGAUCAAGACUGUUUACAGUGACCUGGUGGCCAAUGGCACAAUAGUUCCUGCUGAGGAGGUACCGCCCCCUACAGUCCCAAUGGAUUACUCCUGGGCCAGGGAGUUGGGUCUGAUUAGAAAGCCAGCCUCUUUUAUGACGAGUAUCUGUGAUGAGAGAGGUCAGGAGCUGAUUUAUGCCGGUAUGCCCAUCACAGAGGUGUUCAAAGAAGAGAUGGGCAUUGGUGGAGUGCUUGGCUUGCUCUGGUUUCAACGCAGAUUGCCUCGCUACGCCUGUCAGUUCAUUGAGAUGUGUCUGAUGGUGACGGCUGAUCACGGCCCUGCGGUCUCUGGAGCACAUAACACCAUUGUCUGUGCUCGAGCCGGGAAGGACCUGAUCUCCAGCCUGACCUCUGGCCUACUGACCAUCGGUGAUCGUUUUGGUGGUGCAUUGGAUGCAGCAGCAAAACAGUUCAGUAAAGCUUUUGACAGUGGGAUGUUGCCCAUGGAAUUUGUCAAUAAGAUGAAGAAAGAUGGCAAACUCAUCAUGGGCAUUGGUCACAGGGUUAAAUCUAUUAAUAACCCAGACAUGCGAGUGCAAAUUUUGAAGGACUUUGUGAAGCAGCAUUUCCCCUCUACACAGUUACUGGAUUAUGCCUUAGAUGUAGAGAAGAUUACCACUUCUAAGAAACCAAACCUGAUUCUCAAUGUAGACGGUUUCAUUGGUGUUGCAUUUGUGGAUCUUCUCCGGACUUGUGGCGGCUUCACACGGGAUGAGGCAGACGAGUUUGUGGAGAUUGGUGCUUUGAAUGGAAUCUUUGUCCUGGGUCGAAGUAUGGGUUUCAUUGGGCAUUAUCUUGACCAGAAGAGACUGAAGCAGGGUCUCUACCGCCACCCGUGGGAUGACAUCUCCUACGUGCUUCCUGAACACAUGUCCAUGUAAUGUCAUCUUUUGGGAUAAAUAAUAUUUUUAUUUUAAUGGAGAAAAACGGGAAGUAUAUUUUAGUCAGCCUAAGGAGUUAUUAUCAUUAGAACAAGAAGCCAAACAAGAAGCCAGCUACUGCUUCUAGCACAGCUACAGUUGGGUCCUGAGCAUGAUUGUGGCUACAGGUUCAAGGAGCCCAGUGAGCUCAUCUGCACUAAUGCUGCUGGUAUUAAAUGGUUAAAGCCAAGUAAAACAGUUCCCAUUUUCCUUAAAAUAAUUAAAUAUUCUUUUUUUUUUAUCAGCAGUUGCCUGAUUAGUUCUUGAAGUGCUCUCUGACUUUCUCAAUACAGUAUUGCACCUUAGUCAAAACCCAAUAGUCAAUAGUUUCUUCUCCCAUUUACAAUAAACCAAAUUUGUUUUUAUUGAAAGGGCCGAGUGUUAAUGCAGGUAAUGGUACAGUUUCUAGUUUUAUUUAGUUUUAAACAUUGGCAGAAAUGGACAGCUACUUGAUAGAAUACACUGUCAUUUCACCAAAGCCUUCCUUAUGUAGUUGAUGGAUUCCACUAAUGUGAUUCUUUAGUUUUGGGAGGUUGGUCUUAUAUCAUAUGUAAUGUAACCAGGGUACUGCUCCUAUUAAGACUUUACAAUACACUAAAAUACUGACACAUCAAUGUACUUAAAUGAUUUGGUGGAAAUGCUUCAUGAAUGUGCCCGAUGAGUCUUUAGCAUCACUGAGAGGGACCAUGAAAGCACACAGCAUGUGGACAUGGUCUUGGAUGUCCAAACUGUCACAACUUAAUGCCUUUAACUCAAUACUUCCCAAGGCCCUGCCUGUUGUGUUUAACCUAUGUUUUGCUAUUUAUAUUUAACUGUGAAAUAAUAUGCUUUGUUUUUUUUGUAAUAUGUGGUCCUAUAGAAGAACAAUAAAGAAUUUAUUGUCUUAAA